CACAACAAACACCUCAUUAUUCUCUCUCCCAAACACACAUUACUAAUGUGAGAUGUGAUUACUACGUAACGUAACUAGUAACGCCAUCACUCAUCUCAUCUUUCAACAAUGACCACCACCACCACCUUCAAUCACAAUCAAACAACAACAACAACAAAAUCAUCAUCAAUUUCGUCAAAACCACCUAGACCAAAACGAAGAAUAUGUUUCUCAUUCACAACAUAUGCAAACAACCUAAUCCAACAUCUCAAAUCAUCCAACAUCAUAAUCGAAAAAGGACUUACCGAAUCGGAAUUCUCACUUCUCAAAUCAAAAUUCAAUCUCAAUUUCCCACCUGACCUUCGAACAAUUCUCCAACAAGGUCUUCCAAUCUCACCAGGUUUUCCCAAUUGGCGUUCUUCAUCAAAACAACAAAUCAAAAUUCUUCUUAAUCUUCCAGUUUCAUCCAUACUAAGACGUGUUAAAAAUAACCGUUUCUGGCAUCCUUCCUGGGGUCCACUCCCGAAAGAUCCAGUAUCAGCUGCGGAGAAGAUUUUAUCUGAUGCUCCGCAGCUUGUUCCGGUCUUUCGGCAUUGUUAUAUAAGUUGUUCUCCUAAUUUUGUUGGGAAUCCUGUUUUUUACAUUGAUCAUGGUGGUGAUGUUAGAUUGGUGAGUAAUGAUGUUGUUGGAUUUUUUCGGGAUUCGGGUUUUUUGAAAAGCAUUGAGAAUGAGGAUGAGAUGGAUCCGGUUUGGGCGGCGAGGGAGGCGAGGAGGAUUGAGGUAUGGUCGGAGGUGGCGGAUGGGAGAGGGGAGAGAGGGUGGAAGUGGUGGUGGGAUGAUCGGAAGAGAGAAUUUGGUGGGUGUAUGGAUGGUGUUUUGCGGAGGUUGAGGGAAGGUGGUUGGAAAGAAGAAGAGAUACGUGAAAUGAUGAUGAAUGAAGAUGAUGAAGAAAAAGAGAAGCGUGAGGAGCACGUGAGUGUUUUGGCAUUGACAUUAUUGCGUGCGGGAUGGAGCACGGAAGAUGUGGUGUACUCUCUUGGGGUUGAUGUAGGAAAAUCAUGGUUGGAUUUGGAUUUUGAAUCGGAAGAAGAAGAUGCCGCCGCCACCGCCGUUGUCGGCGUCAAUAAGAAUAAGCGAUGAGCGUGUGGCAUUUUGUGACUUGUUAGUCAAAUUAGAGGUCACCAUACUUUAUUUAUUUAUUUUGUGAAUAUUUUUUUUUGUAAUUAAACUAAUAGUAGUAGUAGUAGUAAUAGUAUAUUAGUAGUAGAAUAUAAAAAGAUGAUAUUCGAUUUUGGUAGAAAACAAAAUUGUGGGGCAAAAUGGAUUGGUGUUUGGCUUUGGCAACACAUAUUUUGUAGUUUUUUUUUUAUAUGACUACAUUCAUACAAUAAAUUGAUUA